UUUAUUUUAUUAAACGUACAAUGAUCUAUUGUUGGUUCUUUUACGAGUAUUUUUAAGCAUAAUCUAUGUUUAUGCAUGUUGUCCUUGUAUAAUAAUAUCAGCCAUCAUACCAGCUUGAAAGCACACGAAUGAAACUUACACUUGUUAAACAAAAUAUUUAACAAUUUACUAAAAUGAAUAUAGAAAGUGCUGCUGUGAAUAUUUUGAAGCGUGGUGUAGAACUUGAUACCAAGAAACGGUAUACAGAAGCACUCGUUUGUUAUCAAGAAGGCCUUCAAAUAUUGGUGGACAAAAUGAAAGGUGAAGCAGAUGAAAGAAAUAGAAAUUAUUUAAGAAAAAAGGUAGAAGAAUAUAUGAAUAGAGCAGAAGACAUAAAGAAAUUAGUGUUAAAACAAAAAGAAGAGGGAAAGUUCCAUGAACAGGUGCACAUUGAAAAUGACUCUACUGGCCAUAGUUAUAAGGCUUUAUUUGGAAGAUUUUUAGAUGAAGAAGUUCAGUAUGUUAUUAUUGAAGACCCUUAUAUAAGAAGCUUUCAUCAGUGUCAAAAUUUCUUAAGGCUAUGUGAAUUACUAGUAAAGUCAUGUAGAAACUUAACACACAUAGAGCUACUAACUACAAAAGACCAUAAAACAGAAAAGGACCAGAGAGAAUGGUUGUCAUAUAUGUACAGUGAUCUACUAAAAUAUCAUGUGCAACUUGUUGUUAAAUAUUCUGAAACGCUUCAUGACAGACAAAUUAUACUUAGCUCCGGAUGGGUGAUAAAAAUAGGACGAGGUUUGGACUUCUAUAAAGCAACAGAUAACAAAUUUUGUCUCGGAAUGCAUGACUUGGAUCUGCGGCAGUGUCAUGAAACAACAGUUGAUAUUGUGCAUUCUAAGAACAUAAAACAAUCUUAUGGAUGAUGAUAAGAUUGAUAUAUUGUAAUUGCACUAAACUGUCAAUGCAGAAAUGUUUUAAAUGUUGAUUUUUAUUAUAAGACUUAAAAUUACCUUACAAGACAUUUUUUUCUAAUCAUACUUUUUUGGCACACAUUUAGGUAGGGAAAUUAUCACCAAUCUUUAUAUAUUAUGAUGGUUAAAGUUAAUUUUUUUACUUGUGAUGCUAUGUCUUAAGGGAUGCUAUGUAAAAUAAAAUAAUUCUAAUUAUAAUGAGUAAUAUACUUUAUUUUAUUAACACAACAAUAUAUUUUUACAUUGUUACAAAAGUAUACAUGCAUUAUUUUUAUAUAGUAUACUAUAAGUAUACAGCAUGUAGGUGCCGCGUAUAAAUGGUGUUCUUUAUAAAAUGUAUACAAUUUUAUUGGUAUGAGUAUACAAUUUUGAUCCGAAUACAAAUUUAAUUUAAUAA